CUUCGGGCUCAACCUUCGCGCCCGCCGACCCGCGCGCCAGCGGAUCGGCCGCGGGAUCAACCGGGCGGUGAUGAGCCCGCCGGCCGUGCGGACUGCGGCGAAGUUGCUGCAGGGCGCCGCAAAGGACCCAGCCGGCUACGCCGAGGCCAAGAUCCAAGCAGCGCUGCUCACGGUGUGGGCCAAGUGCUCCUUGGCCCACCCGCAAUGUCAAGUGGAAGCCGCGCGCCUUCAGAUCUUCGAGUCCGUGCUCUCGCUGCUAAAAAGCGACCUGGUGGAUGAUCGGAGCAAUCUUUGGAUGGCGGCCUGCCGCGUGCUCAUGGCCAACGCCGUCUCCUGGAGUCACGUGUCCGGUCUUCUGCAAGACUACUUCGAGUUGGCCCGGCGCGAUUUCGAUGAGAACGAGAAAUCCGUGGUGCUGUUCUUCGAGACGGCCGCCUCCUUCCCCGCCUGCUCCGUCCACUUCUUCCGCCUCUUCACCAGCAGCCGCGCUUUGGCCGUGAGGGCCACCUGGCUCUGCUCGGGGUCUCUACUCUUCUUCCUGGGCCGCGCGGCGCGGCUGCAGAAAGACCGCCAGCUGCGCCGCGCCGCGCUCGAGGUCAUGGCGGAGGUGAUGGAGGAGGUCAUGGAGGUCCUACGGUCCGGCGAUGAGGAGGCGAAGGGGGAGUGGGAGCUCGCCAUCUUGGAGCUCCACGGCGCUGAGAGCUCGCCGGAGGUCGAGGAGCUGGUAGACUUUGAGCUGUUGGAGACCCAGCUGCUGGAAGUCUGCAACUGCGCCAUCCAGCUGGACGCCAAGCCGUGCUCCAGGAACCAUUUGUACAGCUACGACUACUUGGACGUCUUGGUGAACAUCAGCUCGGUGGAGAAGUUCGCGGAGCGCAUGGUGAAGGCGGGGUACCUGAAGAUUUGCAUGACCGUGCUGGCCGUCCAGAAGACUGACGAGAGCCACAAGGAGGCGCUGCUCACCGGCCAGGGCGCCAGCCUGGAGGUGCUGAGCCACUGGGCCUCCUUCGAGGGGAUCCGCCCCAAGGUGGAGAAGGCCCUGGGCCUGGCGGAAGGCAAGCAGCACGCUAGAGAUCGCUUGGAGAAGCUGCGAGACAGCAAGGACGCGCGCAUCCGCGCCGCUGCCCAGCGCCUGCUCUUUGAGUUGGCCUGGCUGGAGGGCUCGCAGGACGCCCCCGCGGAAGUGCUCGCGCGAGGGCCGGAGGCAGAAGCGGCGUACCACAAAGCCAUGGCCACAGGAGUGGCCCAGUUCAAAUCCAUGAAGAUGGUGCUCCUGGGCGAAGACCGCAGCGGCAAGAGCUCCGUCCUGGCCUCCGUGACGGGCGCGGGCUGGGACGCCCAGAUGCAGUCCACCCAUGGGGUCUCUGCCAGUCGCUUCAAGCUCGGCAGGGGGAACUGGAAGGAGCAGGCGGGGUCUUUGACCGCUGCGGAGGUCGCCGCUAAGGCGACCGCCGCUCUGCUGCGGGAGGAAGUCACCGAGGAGGACGAAUACGCAGGCGCCCUGCCGGACGAGAUGCGCUCUGCAAAGUCCGCCAAAGCCUCGGGCGGCGGCGGCGGCGGCUCCUCAGACGACGCCGGGGCCGCGGCUUCCGUGGGUGCUGCCGCCGGAAGCGGAGCGCCGCCGGAGAAGGCGGAGACAGAGGAGGAGGGGGAUCAACUCAGCACCUUGGAGUCUGCGAACCUGCCCCUGGACGCCAUCGCCAUAGCACUGCAGGAGGACCCCGACGAAGUUCGGGUCAUGGUGAAGGACACCGCGGGUCAGCCCAGGUAUUACGGCAUGCUCGCAGGCGCGUUGUCGAAAACCAGCAUGCCCAUCAUCGUCUUCAGCCUGGUGCGCUGGGGCAAGUACGUGCUGAAAGACCCAGCCUUCGAGGAAGUUCAACCGAAUAUGGACUUGCACAUGUCCCGCGCCAAAGGGAGCAAGGAGGAGGAGUCCACUUUGGGCCAAGAGGAGCGGCUCUUUCGGUACUGGCUGAGCAUGGUGAAGACCCGCACGGCGGGGAGUCUGGGCAUCAUCGUGGGCACCCACCUGGACAAGGUCUACAAGAUCUUCAAGGAGGACGAGAAAGCUGUGGAGAAUUUCCUGCAGCAGAUGGGUUCCAAGACCAAAGGCUUCCUCAAGUCCAUCGGGCUGCAGAAUGCCUUCUGGAGCAAUGAGGAGCACGGCCUGUGCUUCUUUCCGGUGGACAACAGCCAGUCUGUAGAGAAGAAUGGCGUGAAGCAGCUGCAAGCAGCCAUCCAAGACAUGGUGCAGGACUCCCAGAAGACGGGGCCCCACAGCAAACCGCAGCCUCUGCUCUACGUGAAGCUCCUGGAUAUUCUCCGAGCAGAUGGCCAGCCUCCGUACCUGAAGGUGAAGCAAGUGGCUCAGCUGGCCGCACACUUCGGGCUCAAAGCGGAAGAGCCUGAGGUCUUCGAAGCAUUGGCCUUCCUCCAUGAGCUUGGGGAGGUCCAUUUCUUCGCGGACACGGUGGGCCUGGCUUCCGAGGGCGUUUUCACGGACCCGGAGAUGCUGGCGCUGGCGCAGGCCAACAUCUUGGACUGCCCCCGCGUAGUGGCAAAGAUGACGGAGCAGGCGGACCUGCUGCACGAGUCAGCGGUCUUAAGUGCGGAGCUGCUGCCGGAGCUCUGGAAGAACUUGCUGAAGCUCGAGGCGCCCAAGGCUCAGCCCAGGAGCAAACACGAGCCGACAGACUUCAAGAAAGUCCUGGUGGACUUUCUGGUGGCAGAUGGCUUCUUGAUGCCCAUAGGAGACGGGAAGUUCAUGGUGCCCAGCCUCCUGCAGCGCUGGACCUCCGAGCUGGCGGAUGCACCACCGGAUCUCGCGGAACUGGAGCAAGAGGACACCUCCUUCAAAGACGCGAUCGCCAUGGACCUGGGCGGCCUUUCAGUCCCGGAUCUCUUUCCGCAGAUUUUGUCCAAGCUGAUGCAGAAGAAGGAGAUGGAAGCUUGGCAGGAGACCUGGGAUGCUGCCUUCGUGUAUCGCAACGCCCUCCAGAUCGACUUGCCUGCAGGGACGCUGAUUGCCCUGGAAUGCCCGGUGGACCGGCCGGAGCGUGUGGUGAUUUCUUGCCGCGACUUCGCCAACACGGAGUUCUUCGAGUUUCUGGGGGAUUGCCUCUGGGCUCUGGCGGAGGUCUUGCACGAGGCGGCGUCGGCGGUGGCCAAGAUCUUUGCGCAACAUGUGGUGAUAGGGCCCAUGCUGCAGCAGAACGGGAUCCACGUGGUCUCACUUGAGGAGCUGCUGGCUAAGUCCAAAGGCGGCAAGAAGCCGGCGAGACUUCCGGUGAAGUGCAGGACUCUGCAACGGCCUGUGCAGUUGAGCCAGCUACCUGAGUGGGCCCAACACUUGCUGGAGCACGGCCACCAGGACAUCGCGGCCGCUCCCAAGCUGCGGGACCUCACCGCGACGGGGCCCACGGAGUUCAACGCCGUCACCCUGCAGCAGCUGCGAGACCUGGCGGAGGAGAUGCGCAGCGCAGCGCCACAAGAGACGGUGAACAUGUACCAGGUGAACGAUCAGGUGGUGAAGCCCGCUUGCAAAAAGCACCAGAAGCCGUACGCGCGGAUCCUGAAUUUGGAGGGCCUACAGGUGCAGUGCUUUGUGACGCACGCCUGGAAGGAGGAACUCUUCAAGUUCAUUUGGUCCAUCGAGCACUGCUUCACCCACACCCCGGAGAAGCCCAACUUCUGGAUCUGCAUCUUCGCCAUUUUGCAGUCAGACAGCCAGAAGGAGCUCAGCGAUCAGCUGGGCGGGGACCCAGCGCGAGCACCCUUUACAGAGGCCUUGCGGAGGUCCAAUAGGUACCUGGUAGUUCGCAACGACGCAGUGGACGUCUUUACGCGGAUUUGGUGCUGUUGGGAGCUUUACUGUGCAGCGCAGGACGGGUUUCUGCAGAGCGACCGCUACAUCGUCACGGGGCCCAGCAAGUUCCCGGACCCCGAAAACUGGGACAUCGGCAAGGCGGACGCCUCUAACCUGGAGGACAAGCGCCUGAUCAUGAAUGCCGUCACCGGGAACCGAGAGAUUUACCAUACCAUCAUCGAAAAGGCCACGUUGAUCCGAAAUCACAAGGUGCCGGAGGAAGACCGGUUCGGAAGCCCGGCUCGGUGGAUGACAAGGUCCUCCGGCGAGCUCGUCUCACCGAGCUGACCUUUGGAUCUGAGCGGCUUUGUGGUGAC